AUGAAAGUUCGUUCAAGAUAUGAAAGAAAUAGUUCUUAUUGGUAUCAUGUUCAAACAUUAUCUUGUGUUAGAAAUUUGGAUAGUGUCGCAUUAGAUGAAUUACAAGAAAUCUUAUUAAAAAGAGAAUUAGAUACUUUUGUAAAUGAUAAAGAUUUUUAUGAUAGAAUUGGUAUACCUUAUCGACGUGGUAUUUUAUUAUAUGGAAAACCUGGAACAGGGAAAACUAGUUUGAUAAAUGCUAUUUCUUCACAUUUAUCUCGUGAUACUUAUUAUUUAAAUCUUAAAACCAUUUCGGAUGAUAAUGAAUUAAGCGCUGCAUUUAGUUCGGUUCCUGCUAAUCAAAUUAUUGUACUUGAAGAUGUUGAUACGCAAUCAAAAGUUCUACAUAAACGAACAAAAAAAUCCUCUUCAUUUUUUAGUACUAUAGAAUCUCUGUCUAUCGAUAAAAAAGAUAACACUGGUCCAUCUGGUUUAAAUGGUCCAAUGGGUCCAUCUUUAUUUUCAAAAUUUAGUUUAUCAACUUUCUUGGGAUGUUUGGAUGGUAAUAUUUUAGCUGAAGGAAAUAUUAUUAUAAUGACAACAAAUCACGUUGAACAUCUUGAUCCUGCUUGUAUUCGUCCUGGUCGUAUGGAUGUACAUCUUGACCUUGGUUAUUGUACUCAUUAUCAAAUUAGAAAAAUGUAUAAAACUAUUAGUGAAAAUCCUAAAGCCGAAUUUCCUAAAGACAUUCUUGAAAAAAUUCCCGAAAGAUUAUUACCUCCUUGUGAAGUUAUGAUGACUAUGGUUUUGUAUCGUAAUGAUAUUCACCUUAUUCCAGAAAAAAUUUAUGAAUUAAUUUUAAAAUAUAAAGAUAUGUCACCCGAAGAAAUUGCAAGACAAAUGGAGGAAGAAGCUUUACGAGAAGCUCAACGUAUUAGUGAAGAAUCGGAAGAGAAUAAAGAAGAAGUUAAUGGGGAAGUCAAAGAUGAAAAUAAGGAUGAAAAAGACGAAGCUAAAGAUGAAAAUGAGGAGAAGAAGGAGGAAGUAAAAGAUGAAAAUCAGGAGAAGAAAGAAGAAGCUAAAGACGAGGUCAAAGAUGAAAACAAGAAUGAAAAAGACGAAGUUAAAGAUGAUAAGGAGAAGAAGGAGGAA